AUGGCACGUAACGAGCAGAGCGCGCUCCUGGUCAAGGCCGGUGACGAGCAUGGCGCGUCGGCGCCGCUGCCGCAAGGAACGUUCUGGACGUCGACCUUUGCGCUCGUGGGCACCAUGAUGGGCGCCGGCGCGCUCGCGCUUCCGAGUACGAUGGCGAUGACCGGCGUCCUCGGGUGCACACUCCUCUUCGUCGUCAUGGCCGGCUUUGCGUUCGUGUCGUGCUACGCGUGCAUCGUCACCGCAGACGCAACCGGCGAGUACUCGUUCGAGGGCAUGAGCAGCGUGCUCUUUGGCCGCGGCCGCCAGUGGUUUGUGCGUCUGCUCACGCUCGUGCUGCUCUUUGGCAUCAUGGCGGUCUUCAUGGUCGUCGCCAUGGACCUCUUGCACCCGUUCGUCGCUGCGUAUGUGAGUCGGUAUGUGAUCGGCGCGCUCUUUACGCUCGUCGCGAUCCCGCUCUGCCUCGCCGAGUCGCUCUACGCGCUGCGCCACUCCAACUCGAUCGUCGUCGGCUGCAUGGGCUACAUCUUUCUGGUGCUGUUUGUGCGCGCGGUGCAGACGGGCGGGCUCCCGGAGGCGUCGCCAGCCAUCUCGGUGGACGGCGUGCUGUACACGAUCCCGCUUCAAGCGCUGGCCUUUGGCUGCCAAAUCAACUCUGUCCGCGUCUACGGCGAGCUCCAGCACAAGGCGCAGAUGCACGCGAUCAACUUUACCACCAUGUUCUUCGGGUGCGUGCUCUACGCCUGCUUCAGCUUCCUCGGCUACGUGUGCUUCCACGGCGCGAUCGUGCCCGACAUCCUCACGGGCUUUGCGUCCGACGACCCGCUCGUCAACAGCGUCCGCAUCGUGCUUGGCACGUGCAUGGUGCUAAAGAUCCCGCUCAUCUUCCAGCCCUUCCUGCAUGUGCUCGAGGCCGUUGCUGUCGGCGACGGCGACGUCUCGCGUUCCACGCGCACCUCUUGGACAAUGGCGUCGCUCGUUGGCGCGUACGUCCUUGCGAUUACGUGCAAGGACCUGAGCAUGAUCAUGGGCUUUGUCGGCGCCGUCGGCGACAUCCUCCUCAACUUUGCAGUGCCAGGCCUCUUUCUCUGGCAAGUCGGCGUCAACCAGGUGAACGCCAAGCUCAAGUACGGCGGCGCAUUCCUCGUCGCCAGCGGCGUGCUCAUGACUGUGCUGUCGCUGAUCGGUCUCUUGAAGUAA